UGCCACAUCAGGGAGAAGAUGCCAUUCCAUCAUGUGACGGCUGGUCUGCUCUACAAAGGCAACUACCUGAGCCGCUCCCUCAGUGACAGUGACAGUGACGUACUAGCAAGCAUCUCUGUGGAGGAGUUGGAUGAGAUUCGUGAGGCGUUCAAAGUACUGGAUCGAGAUGGGAAUGGCUUCAUCUCUAAACAGGAGCUGGGUAUGGCCAUGCGGUCGCUGGGGUACAUGCCCAGUGAGGUGGAGCUGGCUAUUAUCAUGCAGAGACUGGACAUGGACGGUGAUGGUCAAGUGGAUUUUGAGGAGUUCAUGACGAUCCUUGGACCCAAACUCCUGUCAUCAGAAACAAGAGAGAGUUUCCUUGGCAGCACAAUAGACACCAUCUUCUGGCAGUUCGACAUGCAGCAAAUCACACUGGAGGAACUCAAACACAUUCUGUUCUAUGCCUUCCGUGACCAUCUGACCAUGAAGGACAUUGAGAACAUCAUCAUCAAUGAAGAAGAGUCCCUCAAGGAGAAUGCCGGCAACUGUCAGACAGAGUUUGAGGGAGUGCACCCAUCUAAAAAGAAUCGUCAGACCUGUGUGAGGAAGAGUCUGAUAUGCGCCUUCGCCAUGGCCUUCAUCAUUAGCGUCAUGCUCAUCGCGGCCAAUCAGAUGCUGAGGAACGGCAUGGAGUAA